AUGCUGCGCAAAACUCUCUCCAGCUUUCCUCCUCUUUUUCUCCCAUUUUGCUUUGCAGCUUCACCCGCGCAGCUUCAACCAACACCAGGAGACCAGUCUAAAACAGACAUGUCUACCAAGGUUGCCGUGGUAACGGGCAGUAACAAGGGCAUCGGUCUGGCCAUCGUCCGAGCCCUCUGCAAGCAGUUCCAAGGAGACGUUUACCUGACCGCCAGAGACGUUGGUCGUGGUCAGGAAGCUGUAAAGUCUCUGGACUCAGAGGGACUGAAGGCCAUGUUUCACCAGCUGGACAUCAACGACCUGAACAGCAUCAUCACCGCUGCUGCUUUCUUCAAAGACAAGUAUGGAGGAGUGGACGUCCUCGUCAAUAACGCCGGGAUAGCGUUCAAAGUGGCAGACACGACUCCAUUUGCGGUCCAGGCGGAGGUCACCCUCAAGACAAACUUCUUCGCCACCAGAGACAUGUUGACUCACUUCCUGCCGAUCGUUAAAGCUGGAGGUCGUGUGGUGAACGUUUCCAGCUUUGUCGGCUCCCGUACGUUGAACAAUUGCAGCCCAGCUCUCCAGCAGCGUUUCCGCAGCAAGGACAUCACAGAGGAGGAGCUGGUGGGACUGAUGCAGCGAUUCGUGGACCAGACUAAGAAAGAUGAACACAAGCAGGGCGGCUGGCCCGAGACAGCGUACGGAGUGUCCAAGACUGGACUGACGGCUCUGUCCAUGAUCCUGGCUCGCCGUCUGUCUGAGAAGAGACCAAAUGAUCAGAUCUUGCUGAAUGCCUGCUGUCCAGGCUGGGUGCGCACUGACAUGGCCGGUCCAAAAGCUACCAAGUCACCAGACGAGGGCGCUAUAACUCCGGUCUACUUGGCCCUGCUGCCGCCUGGAGCCACAGAGCCUCAUGGGAAGUUUGUCUCUGAUAAAGAAGUGCAGCCGUGGUGAACAGGACCUGAGUGUGUGUAUGAGUGUGAAUGUGUGAGUAAAAGAGUGUCAGUGCUUCCACUAAAACACUAAUUAUCUAAAAACACGUCAAAACUUCCAGACAUUAUUUUUCCUGAAAAUAAAUAUGUCCACCAUCUGAAACUUUUGAGACAAACAUCUCACAAUCUGGCAGGAAUAUUAAACCAUUUAAAAAUAAUAAAGUAACACACAUCACCUUAAUAAGCUUAACACAUGAUGACAUUAUAUUCAAGCUCAUGGCAGGACGAACAUACAACCAAAAUGAAACCAGGAAACACUGCUGUGUGUGUGUGUUUGACUGCUGGGAUAUAAUAAUAAUCAUCCAUAAACUCUUUCUAACUGGAGUUUUUGAUUCAACUCAGUUUUCACUUUGCCUUUGGUAUCAUGAACACUUAUAUAUUUUGCCUGGAAACAUUAAAAUUUGCCUUCAAUGUAUGAGACUACUGUUCUGUUUUUGUCAGAGAGAGUAAAUGUUUUGUGCGUGUCAUCAGA